CUCGCUCUCUCUGUGAAUGCCACAGGCCUCUCACCCUUUAGUCCAGAUUUAGACCUCAGUCUUUCCCAGACAUUCAGACCCAGCUGUCUGAAGCUGGCUGCUGGUGCACCGAUUCUCUCGUCUGCCUUUGCACUUUCUCUUCUCCCUUCUUCUCUUCCUCUCCUCCUCCUCCGUCUCUCUUCUUCACUAUGCCUGGACUCUUUCAUCACUCCUCCAUCUGACAUGGUAGCAGAUCUUCACAGAUGUUUCAGGUGGACGGAGCGUUGGAGUGUUGCAGUCUUUUGUUUUGAUGCCCAGGUUUUCACCGGUUGGUCUGGUUCCACAGAGGCAGAUGUCCCACUCCUCUUCCCCAGCCACGGAGCCUCUUCCGGAGGUCCCGUUAUUUGAGAUGGACCAGGAUGAGGAUGAGGAGGAAGAUGUUCUCUCAAUGAAGAGCAGAGGUGGGUAUAUACAUGCUAUAGCGCCCCCUGCAGGCACAGACCCUGACACCUUCAUAUACAUGAACUUCAUGAAGACUCACUGCUGCUACGACGCCAUCCCUACCAGCUCCAAACUGGUCAUCUUUGACACAACGCUACAGGUGAAGAAGGCUUUCUUUGCUCUGGUGGCUAACGGCGUGAGGGCAGCGCCGCUGUGGGACAGCAAGCUUAAGUGUUUUGUGGGUAUGCUGACCAUCACUGACUUCAUCAACAUUCUCCAUCGUUACUACAAGUCUCCUCUGGUUCAGAUCUAUGAGCUGGAAGAGCACAAGAUAGAGACGUGGAGAGAGAUCUAUCUCCAGUACUCGUUUAACAGCCUGAUCAGCAUCACUCCCGACUCCAGUCUGUUUGACGCCAUCUACUCCCUGUUGAAGAAUAAGAUCCACCGGCUGCCGGUCAUCGACCCAGCGUCGGGAAACGUCCUCCACAUCCUCACUCACAAACGCAUCCUCAAGUUCCUCCACAUCUUCGGAUCCAUGAUUCCUAAACCCAGGUUUCUUCAAAAGCGAAUCAGUGAAGUGGGGAUCGGCACCUUUAGAGAGAUCGCGACAGUCCAGGAAUCAGCGUCUGUGUAUGACGCUCUGACCAUUUUUGUAGAGAGGAGAGUGUCAGCUCUGCCUGUGGUUAAUAAGCAAGGUAAAGUGGUGGCACUGUACUCCAGGUUUGACGUCAUUAACCUCGCAGCCCAGAAAAACUACAACAACCUGAACAUGACAAUGCGGGAGGCCAUCACCUCCAGAGCCUGCUGCGUGGAAGGAGUCCUCAAGUGUUACCCUUAUGAAACUCUGGAGACCAUCAUUGACCGCAUUGCGAAGGCUGAGGUGCAUCGUUUGGUGUUGGUUGACAGGGAUGAUGUGGUGAGAGGGAUUGUUUCUUUAUCUGACCUCCUUCAAGCCCUGGUCCUCACUCCUGCAGAUAUUUAUGAGAGACCAUCCCUUCAAGACUGAAGAAAACAAGAUCACGUAAAACAAGAUUAUGAGGUGGCAGAGCAGGAUUGUGGCGAAGAAGUCACAGGUUUCAGUCCCAGUGUAGAGGAAAACUAUAGGAAGGAAAAGUGAAAGCAGAAACACUCUGACCCUCCUCUCUGAGCUCCAGUAACGUGCUGUACAUGGAGCAUUUUAUUCCCAAGUGAUCGCCAGUAGAAAACAGCUGUUUGUGCUGGAAAGCUGCCAGUGUUGACCUGUAUCAUGCGUGUGUCUGCAAAACAGCGGCAAACUGAUGAAGACUUUCAACCUGAGAAUCAAAUUUUGAGGUUUGAUUUUUGUCAAGCUGUGUUACUUACUAAAAAAAGUGAUGUCACGUUCAAUGACUCGUACUUAACUCUGUGGUCUUAGAAUUAUUACAUAUUAGCCAUUCAUAUAUAGAAAACACUUAAUUGUGGAAUUGAGAUGACGUUUUUUGUAAAUGCACUUAUGCUCCAGUCACUGUGAAAAAAAUAAAUAUUUUGCUCUGUUUUCAGUCA